UUGAUGUGUGCAGAGGGUCCCUGGUUCGCGCCCGGGUAUGGGGAAGGUCUAAAGUUAUACUGUUACAUUAGCAUGGGCAGCGCCACUGAGGGCUUCCACCAUAAAAAUUAAGUCAACUGGGUGGGACUUCCAACUUCAUUGGCUGAUCCCUCCUGGUGGACCUCUCAUGUCCAACUGGGUCAUCAGGAGGGAUCAGACAAUCGUGAAGAUAUCAAAUACAAUGGCUGGAAUGGAGGGAAUGGAAUGCCAUUCAAUUUGCUCCAAUUGCAUUUGCUCCAUUCUAGCCAUAUAAAAUCUGUUCUCCCAUCAGCAGCCUCCAUUGAUGUCCACAGUUGUUUUUGUCAUACCCGGAAGAACAAAUCAGUGAUUUUUGUCAUUAUGCAAUUAAAUUAUCCUCUUAAACUUGCCUGCAUAUCAGUGUAUUAUAUAAACACUUGUAAUCUUGCAGACUGGUCUCAUAGACUAGACGUAAGAUAGUAAACUCAAAUCUGGAACAUUCAAAUUAUUAUGGUAUGUUAAAUUUGGUAUGGUUACAUAUGGUUGGUUGAGAACUUUUGUAUUUGAGCUAAUUAGCAACUUUGCAACUACUUACUCCUUUUUAGUUACUUUGGAACUACUUAGCAUGUUAGCUAACCCUUACCCUAAUCCUAACCUUAAAACCUUUCCCCUAACCCUAGCCAUUUGUACUUAAUGCAAUUCGUAACAUGUAACUCGUAACAUAUCAUACGAAAUGGUUGAUGGAUAUCCACAAAUUCAUACAUACUAUACGAAAUGUAACAUAUUAUACUAUAGUUCUCAGAUUUACUUACUGAAUAAUACGAAUUGCUCUGAGACCACGUUGCAACUGUCUGUAAACCAGACAGUUAUACCUUCAAUUGCAUCGGCGAUGUGUGCGGACAAAGUACAGAGGAAACCUCUGCGGCUCAUCGCCGCAGCGCGCAUCAACAUGGGAAUAGGACAAAAUGAACAGUUGCCAUGGCAUUUACCCACAGUCCCGGAGCAUGCCCACUUCCUCUGUCAGGACUUCGACAGUGGUGUCGGCCUGGCCUUGCUGCAACCCCUCUGUGACCUGAUGGAGACUAUCUGGGUGGCCCACAGGUCUUUCAGGUCAUUACCUUUCCCUUGUAAUCAGAACGCCCUGAUGCAUCCCUGGUGUGACCGUGUCUACCUCACUGACAUCAUGGCUGACUUCCACUGUGAUGUCUUCUUCCCGCAGUUUGACCAAAGCAUUUUUAGAAAACAAGAGAGUAGGUUUCCUGGAGUACCAAAUGAGAUUCAAGAGGAGAAUGGAGUUACAUUUACAUUUUAAAGAGGGAGAUCUGUGGAGCUGAAUAAAUACAAACGUUCUGACUAUUCUUUGUCAGACCUUCAGUGCCUUUUUUAACUGGCAUUGUGGAUUGAGAUGUUAAGUUGAUGUCGGUUUCUACCCAUGUAUAUCCCAUUUUAUUUUUAUCAUGUUUAUUCAGAUCUACUCGUGAAACUAACAUAACAUGUAGUGAAGAACUGCAUGAAUGCAAUAAACAAUGUUUACUACACCACAUACAAUAAGAAGGGUAUCCUAUCGGAACCUUGUGUUCUGUUGGCCAGUGCAAUUCUAAUAAAAAAUCAUUAUCCAUUUGUAUAUUACAAAUGCCCCACUCUGCCUCUCAUCUCAUGUGUCUGUGACUGCAUCAGCACAGUUCCAUAACACUCAUGAAUCAAAUUAGUCAACAUGUCCAUCCCAGUCAGCUUUGUUACUGUUAGUCAUGUCAUGUGUUGUCAAAUAUAGACAGAUUUUCAUGUUUGCCCCAGACGAUUGAGCCACUGAUGUCCCAUAUAGUGGCCUUCCUUGUCUGAUGCAUAAUCAAUCCCCUGUUAUCCUCUCCCCUCAUCAGUAAUAUUCUGCAAGGUCCAAACCAAUGGCUCUCUCUGAGUCAGAGCCUACGUCAGAGCAAGAGUGGCCUGUGGUGAG